UAUAAAUUUUGUAAAAAUAAAAAUAAACAAAAAUGUCUAAAAUAACUAAACGUAAACAUGUAAUGAAUGAAGUUAUGUGGGAUGAUUAUGCUUUACCUAAAGAUAACCAGAGUAUCGUCAAAGUUUCGCGAAGCCGGGGCAAUAAUUUACAUGAGAUUAUUACCCCUCAAGGUGAAGAAUAUUUGGUGUCAAUGCCGACCAAGUUUCGAAAAAAUAUAUGGGUUAAACGUGGGGAUUACGUUCUAGUUGAAGCAAUAACAGAGGGAGACAAAGUUAAAGCGGAAAUUGUAAAAAUUAUGAAUAAGGACUCAAUAAAAUAUUAUAAAGAACAAAAAGUGUGGCCAGAAGAGUUUGACGAUGACAAAAAGGAAAGUGAAAAAAGUGAUAGUGAUGAUAUAUUUGUGAACACUAAUAGAGUGCAUAAACAAUAUUUAACAAGUGAAGACAGUAACUCAAGUGUAGAUGAUUCUAGUGAUAGUGAAUCUGAAUAAAACGUAAAAUGGUUGCUGUGUUAUUAUCUAUAUAAAAAAUAUCUAUCUUAUAGUAAUAUGGGUAAGCAACUUUACAAGAGCCUGUAAAAUAUUUUCUAUUAAUAUGGAUAAAGUUUU